AACUCCAUCUCAAUAACACCUACCCAAACCCACCCACCCGAAUCUCUGAAAAACUUCUUUUGCGUAAAAAUCAAUCGAUAAACCUAGAAACACCGGCGACAGGAUUCAUUCAUUCAAGAAACAAAUCUUAAAGAUAAUGUCGACAUCGAAUCCAAAUCAACCCUCUCCAUAUUUUCCGGUUCCAUUCCACCUUCAACAACAACCGACAAUUCCGGUUGCGGCGGCUGUCCCCAACCUUCCAUAUCCUCCGGCUGUUCCACCACCCGAUUACACCGUCCUUCCUAAUCCUCAAUUCCAUUUCCACCAGGCGCAACAGCUUUUUCAAAAGGAUGCCCAAACGAUAACACCCGAAGCUCUCAAGAGUGUCAAAGCAGCUCUUGCAAGCAGUGAAAUCCAGCAAAAAGCGGAAACUAAGAAGAAAUCCGUUCCUCGCAAAGCUGCCGGUCAAGCUUGGGAGGAUCCCACUCUGGCCGAGUGGCCUGAAAAUGAUUUUCGUAUAUUUUGUGGCGAUCUUGGGAACGAGGUGAAUGAUGAUGUUCUUUCAAAAGCAUUUUCAAGAUUUCCUUCCUUUAACAUGGCCAGGGUUGUGAGAGAUAAGCGGACUGGGAAGACCAAGGGAUAUGGGUUCGUAAGUUUUGCCAACCCCACCGAUCUAGCUAGUGCUCUGAAAGAGAUGAAUGGCAAGUAUGUUGGAAAUCGUCCAAUAAAACUGCGUAAGAGCAAGUGGCAGGAGAGAACAGAUUUCGAGGCCUUAGACAAGCAAAAGCAACGCGGUCAGAAGAAAUCAAAGCUCCCCAAGAAGAGUGUCCUUCACAAGUGAGAAAAGCUAAGACGAUUUGCAUCUUCAUGAAAACUUCCUUUGUUUCUAUCCAGCCGUACCAUCUUAAUCAUGUAAAAGUGUAAACAUUUACUGGCAUUUAUGACUUAUGGGAAAUUGUUCACAAAUUGGCUCUGAA